AAUUUCAGUCGUUACUUACCCUUGCAUCCAUCCGCUUUGCCACGAUUAUAAAUAAAAUCGCUUCAGAUCUGUAGCCAGUUAUAAAGCGGAUUUGUUGUUAACACAUCACGUGCAAUCGCUAAGGAAUAAGAAAAGACAGUAAUUUUUCUAUUCUGAGUGGGACCAAUUUAGUGUUUUAAUCUAGUGUUAUAAAAUUUCAAUGGCGGAACAAUACUCAGACGAUGAAGAAACUUUGGACGUACGCAGUCUGCCACUAAGGCCGCCGCGACCUCUCCUUCCGCCGGAGAAGCCGGUGCGUCGCGCGUGGCAUCCUGUCAUGUGGGAUGACCAUAAAGAUACUGCGCAAAAGAGCGACGAACCUGAACAGUCAGUUCAGUCGCAACACGGCUCCCGCGAGUACCCGCACACGCAAAGAAUACGCAACUUGCGCCGACUGAUAGCCGAAGGCAAAGUCAAGCCGGAAUCAGAAACACUCAUAUUUUUCCUUUGUAAUAAAUUUGCAGUUUCCGAUGACAGACGGAAGAAAUUUGAAUAAUUAUCACUUAUAACCGUGCAAUUCCACUGCCGAAACAUGUAUUACAACAUAUUAUCUUUUUUCCAAAGUGAAUGAGGGAUGAUGAUUUGUUACUAUAAUAAAUGUCUCGACAAUGGAAAUCCAGUUAGGAACGCCUUUAGACCAUACUAACGACAUAACAAAACUAUAAUUGAUAUGUUAUUCACAACAAUGAUAUAAUUUGUGUAUAUUUUUAUAUCCAACUUUAGUGGU